CGCUUUUCUACCGGCUUUUUUUUCCCAGCUGCCCAAAAAUCAUCGCAUCGCUCAUUUGCCUCGUACAGGACAUUCGAUCCAUUGCAUUGUGCUCGAAGCCAAUUGCACAUACUCGCUACGACCGCGCAUAUCAUCUUAUUCAGAUAUUGCUACAUUUGGCCGACCUGACCCCACAGAUCAUGGACCCUUAUGACAGCGACUCAUCUUUCGACGAUGAGGGGGACUUCACCGAGACCGGCGUGCUCUUGGGUUACGCAGCAGACGAGAUUCUAGAAGACUCAAUCAGUCACCUUGGUGGAACUCCGACCUGGCUCGACGACGCUACCCCGCCUCCGGGGGAAUUCGCCAAAUGCAAAGUCUGCAACUCGCCCAUGCUUCUCCUCCUCGAACUGCACGGUGAUCUCCCUGACGACUUCCCCGACGACGAGCGACGUCUGUACAUCUUCGCCUGUCCCAGAAAACCCUGCAACCGCAAACCCGGCAGUAUCAGAGCUCUGCGCGCUACCCGCAAGCUGAAGAGCGAACAGCCUCGAGCCGCAAAAGAACAAGAAGAAGUGGAUAUCCCAACCGAUGCCCCCAAGGAAGAGGAGAAGACGAAGAACGAGGCUCCUAAACCGGAUCUCGGCGCAAGUCUAUUCGGAUCCUCCUCCCUGAUAGGCAGUGUUUCCGCCAACGCCAACCCUUUCUCCUCCGGCGGAGCUGGUGCAAGUAGCAACCCGUUCUCCAGCGGCAGCAACAACACCAACACCAACCCGUUCGCCGCACCCGCCCCAUCUCCAGGUCUAGUCGCCAAAACAUCCACCCCAGCAUCGACGACCGCCAACACUCUCUCCGACUCCUUCGCCGACAAAGUCCGCGUCUCCUCCCCACCCCCACCGCCCGCCGCAUCAUUUAAGACCAUCACACCCCCCGAGGAGACCUCCGGCCCCGUCACCCCGUGGCCUGCCGAAUCCGACUUUCCCGCCCCGUACCCGCGGUUCUACCUCGAUGCCGAGUACGAGACCCUCUCGCGACCCUCGACGCCCACGAUCCCAGACAACGUGACGAUCGACAACAGCGAGGACACCGGCAGCGGCGGCGGGGGCGCCGACCUCAAGGACGCCUUCGAGUCCGAACUGGACAAGGCCUUCAUGCGCUUCUCCACCCGUUUGGGCCACAACCCGGAGCAGAUCCUCCGGUACCAGUUCCGCGGCAACCCCUUGCUCUACUCGCACACGGACGCCAUCGGUAAGCGCUUGCACGAGGUCCUGGCGCACAAGCCCGCCAACGUGCACAUCGCCACCACGACGACGACGGGGGGCCAGGGCCCGUCCGUCUCCAGCCGCAUCCCGCGCUGCGAGUACUGCGGCAGCGAGCGCGUGUUCGAGUUCCAGCUCGUCCCGCACGCCAUCAGUGUGCUCGAGGACGGCCGGGAGGGCGUCGGUCUCGGGGACGCCGGCAUGGAGUGGGGCACGAUCAUGCUGGCCGUGUGUGGCCGGGAUUGUGGACCGAAGGAGGUCGGGGUCGUGGGCUAUCGUGAGGAGUGGGCCGGUGUGCAGUGGGAGGAGGCGGCGAAAUGAUUGAUUGACCGAUUGAUUCCGCUCUACUCUUUUUUGCAUCCCCUUCCACAAUGGGGAAAAAAGACAAUAAGGGUGUAAGGUCUAAAAUCAGAACCUACCUCCCAACGCUUUACCCAUGAAUAAUUUGAUGUUGAUGAUGACCAUUUAUACAUACAUACAUACUCUACCAUGUUCAUAGACGCCAUUGAGCGUUUUAGGCCUCAUUGG